AUGAAAGUCAAUGGAGAAUCUUUUGAUGGUUCCUUCAAAAGGAGGAAACAAGAAGAUCAAACUCAAUCCAAACUUGAGAAGAACAACAAUGCUCUGUUCUAUCAAAGAUCAAAGUCAGAGAGUGCACGGUUGAUCAUAAAGCCUGAUGUUCAACAUAACCUAGACACUAAGGUCCAGUCAGAGACAUUUGAAGAUCAUAGGCCAUACUUGGACCUUGAUCUGAACCUUUCUUCUUCAUCAAGUUCCAGUGUGAAUAUAGUCAAGAAGAAAGAUGAAUGUUCGAAAGAAGAAAAUAUGAUCAUGACAUCGAGCAAGAAAGGGAAAUCAGGUGAUAUAGGGCUAAAACGAUCUCCGUCUUGGCUAGCGUUUGAAGGUGAUGAUGAUGAUGAUGAUCAGAAGAAGCAAGAGAUGGUAACAACAGUUUGCAUGAAAUGUCACAUGCUGGUUAUGCUCUGCAAAUCAGCUCUUGUGUGUCCUAAUUGCAAGUUCAUGCACCCUGAUGAUGAAAGCUUCACAAAACAGUUUAAGCCUUUGGGUCUGUUUAAGCUUUUAUGCUAG